AAUAUCAGCUCCCAGACCUUCAAAGCGCAGGUUGCUGUUGGAUCGUGGUUCAACACGCCUCUUAUGCCGGAUCUCAGUGUCGCUACGAAUAUAAUGCGGCAGAAGAUGGCAAAGGGCAAGGAAAAAGAAUCAGGCAGGCUGGUAUCAGCAAAAUCGACUGUGAUUGAUAUUAUGUAG